AUGACUAAUGGUGCUGGUAAUGUUGUUAGAAAGAUACAAUUGAAUCAAAUAGAUAAACCAUCCGGUAUAAUAUGGGUCCAAUUUGACCAUUCAGAUGUUGGAGAGAAAACCAGACAUGAAAAUAGACAUCUUUAUGUCCAAGGUAUUGAGUCCACAUGGACUCCAAUAAAGCCAGUCACAACUCAGUUUGCUGUGGGUAGAAACCAAACUGCACAAGUUGUUAGAAAACAGUUUCCACUUAGACCCGCUGCGGCUAAGACAAUUCACCGUUCACAAGGUGACACUGAACAAAAAAUUGUUGUAAAUUUCAACACUAGAAGAUCAAUACCACAUAUACAUUAUGUUGGUUUGAGCAGGGUAACAGCAAUUGAAGGUUUAUUUAUCACUGACCUAUGUGAAGAUAAAAUAGCUGUCAAUCCUCAUGUAGCACUGAAAUGGAACAUUUGA